AUGCUGUUGAGGUAUCUGAGUGCGGCCGCUCUGGCUCUGCAAUCCGCAAAUGCUUUCAAGGACGCUUCGCCCUUCGUUCUCUACUCGACCAGCCAGCUGGACGCAAAGAAUGCCAACGUGAAUGUCAUCAGCGCGCAGACCCUGCAAGAGAGCAUUGAACACCAAAUCAAGGGCUGCCCAUCCAACACAUACGUCGUUGUAUCGCAGCCCGGCGUAAACUCCAACGACUUGACCCUCUCCAAAUCCACACCGCAUCUGCGCCGCCGCCUCGAGGCCAAGGACAACAACGUCAAGUCUAUCUUUGCCGCGAAAAAUGUCGUGGGACAUGUUGACGCCAGGGUCCUAGUAGCCUCGAUCAACCGCGAAUGUAACACUGCGAGCACAUUGCUACUGAGCGGCGAAAAGAUUCCCACCAAGCCCUACGACGCCAUUCACGUCCAAUUCCCCACCCUGCCUACCGCCAACGACGACCGCGAAUCCGCUCUGCUUCAAGCCGACUCAUACCUGAAUUCGCUGCUCGCAACUCUCGACUCCUACACCGUGCUCUAUGCCACUCUCGACAACCUCUCCCCACGCCAAUUCCAGCACCCUGAACAGUACGAGAUGGACGAGCCUUACCCGUCAAACAUGCACACCGACUUAAAGCGUGACCUCGACGCCCACGUUUCCCGCGCUAGCAAUGCUUCAAACCCCCAGGCUGACUUGGCCUUGUUUGAGAAGUACCACGCAAUCGCAAAUCUUGAGGUGUCAUACAUGGCCUUCAGCAAGGAGAUGGGUCCCGCUGCUCAAAAGAAGCAGCAGCAGUAG